GUCAGGCUCAACGGAGACGUGCCCGCAGCUGACAUUCCAUCCUGCUUCUCCCCCGCUAGGCCUGAUUUGAGUCUAGCAAACAACUCAUCUGAGUUCCCAGAAGAGAACCAAGAUUUAAGUUCCCAAAUUAGUUACAUCAUCUAAAAUACAAUUCCCACUGCAUCUCCAGGCUAUGGCUCUCGGGAACAAGAUAACUCGUGGGAGAUAAGGAAGAAGAGGCCUCAGGACUGGGGGUGCCUUCUCAGUUUAAAGAGCGUUUGCCAGAGGCCUUUGUCCAGAGCCUCAGGACAGAGGGAAGUCACAGAACAGAUUUCCCAAGAGCAGCAGAAAAUGAUCACCUCACAGAUAUCGUUUGAGGACGUGGCUGUGGACUUCACGUUGGAGGAGUGGCAGCUACUAGACCCUGCUCAAAAGAACCUGUACAGAGACGUGAUGCGGGAGAACUACAGCAACCUGGUGUUCUUGGGUUAUCAAAUUUUCAAACCUGAUGCAGUUUUGAAGCUGGAGCAAGAAGGGCCGUGGAUAAUGGGUGAAGAAACCCUAAGUCAGAACUUUCCAGAAGAAGUCUGGCUAGAUAAUAAUCUCAAAAUGUGGCACCAAGAUAAUCAAGACAAACUUAAAAGUAUGGAGAGAGGCCAUGAAUAUGAUGUUUUUGGGAAAAUAUUUCAUUCAAGCACUAACUUUGUUCAUUUAGGAAUGAGACUCCAUAAAUGUGGCACAGGUGAAAAAAGUUUGAAACAUCCUUUUGAUUUUCUUAUUCCAAAAAAUAACUGUGGAAGAAAGAAACGUGAUGAGCUCAAUAAGAAAUUAUUAGUCUAUAUCAAACCAGAUAGACCCCACAGUGGAAUAAAAUACUGUGAUUACAACAAAUGUAGAAAAGCCAGCAGUAAGGAGUCGUGGCUCAUUACAAACCGGAUAACACAAACAGGAGUCUGUUUAUGCAUGGAAUGUGGCAAAGUUUUUAACAAGAAGUCACAGCUCAUUAUACAUCAGAGAACUCACACGGGGGAGAAGCCCUAUGGAUGCAGCGAAUGUGGGAAAGCCUUCUCCCAGAAGUCCUUGCUCACUAUUCACCAAAGGACUCAUUCGGGAGAAAAGCCAUAUGGGUGUGGUGAGUGUCAAAAAGCUUUCAGUAGGAAGUCACUGCUCAUUUUACAUCAGAGAAUUCACACAGGAGAGAAGCCCUACGGAUGCAGCGAAUGUGGGAAAGCCUUCAGCAGGAAGUCACAGCUUAAAAGACACCAGAUAACUCACACGAUAGAGAAACCCUACGGCUGCAGUGACUGCGGGAAAGCUUUCUCUCAGAAAUUAAAGCUCAUUACACAUCAGAGAAUGCACACAGGAGAGAAACCCUAUGAAUGUGCUGAUUGUGGAAAAGCCUUCUUCUGGAAGUCGCAGCUGGUCACUCAUCAGAGGACUCACACGGGGAAGAAACCUUAUGCGUGUAGUGAGUGUACAAAAGCCUUCAGCAGGAACUCACUCCUCAUUAGGCAUCAGAGGAUUCACACAGGAGAGAAACCCUAUGAAUGCAAUGAGUGUGGUGAAGCCUUCAUCAGAAAACCGCAACUUAUUAAACAUCAAAUAACUCAUACAGGAGAGAAGAACUAUCAAUGCAGUGAUUGUGAAGAAGCCUUCUUUAAGAAGUCGGAGCUAAUUAGACAUCAGAAAACCCAUUUAGGAGAGAAACCCUAUGGAUGUGUUGAAUGUGGGAAAACCUUCUUUGGGAAGUCACAGCUCCUAACACAUCAGAGAACCCACACUGGAGAGAAACCUUAUGAAUGCAGUGAAUGUGGGAAAGCCUUCACCCAGAAGUCAAGCCUGAUAUCCCAUCAGAGGACACACACAGGGGAGAAACCCUAUGAGUGCAGUGAAUGUGGGAAGACCUUCAGUGAGAAGUCAAGCCUCAUUCAUCAUCAGAGAACCCAUACUGGAGAAAAACCCUUCGAAUGUAGUGAAUGUAGGAAAGCUUUUGCCUGGAAGCCACAGCUUCUUAGGCAUCAGAGAAUUCACACAGGGGAGAAGCCCUAUGAGUGCAGUGAGUGUGGGAAAGCCUUUGUUCAGAAAGUGCAGCUCAUUAAGCAUCAGAGGAAUCAUACAGGAGAGAAAACCUACGGAUGCAGUGAUUGUGCCAAAGCUUUCUUUGAGAAGGCACAGCUCAUUAUACAUCAGAGGAUUCACACGGGAGAGAGACCCUAUAAAUGUGGGGAAUGUGGGAAGUCUUUCACUAGAAAGUCACACCUUAUGAGGCAUCAGAGAAUCCACACAGGAGAUAAAUACUAUGGAUGCCCUGAAUGUGGGACCACGUUUAACAGGAAGUCACAGCUUGCGAUCCAUCAGAGAAAUCACGCGGUGUAG